AUGAAUUAUUUCAUUUUUUUCUUUUCAAUAUUACUAUUUUUUAAUAUUUUUUUAAUUUCUAUUGAAGUUGCAGCUAAGAGUAAACCGUCGAAAACAAUAAAGUUUUCAAAAAAGAAAGGAAAAAGUUUAAAAAAUGGAAAAAAAGGGAAAAAAGGAAAAAAAGUUACUCCAAAUCCACGAAGAUUUAAAAACUAUUUAGAUUCAAGCUCUCUAGCUGAAAACGAAAAUGAAAGAUUUUCUCAUUCGGCUUCAUCUGAAUUUAAUGAAAAAGAAUGGCGACUCAAUUCAGGUUCAUCAAUUGAAUCAGAAGAAAAAGAAAUAAACUCUAGUUCAAGUUCUUCAUCCAAAUCACAAGGAAAAAAAAGAAAAGAAAUAAGAUAUCCCAGUUCAAGUUCAUCAUUUGAAUCUGAGGAAAAAUAUAGAAAACAAAAAAAAAUUCCCAUUUUAAGUUCAUCAUCUGAAUCAGAAGAAAAAAAAAGAAAAAAAAUAUGGUAUCCUGUUUCAAGUUCAUCAUCUGAAUCAGAAGAAAGAAAAAGAGGAAAAAAAAGGUAUCCUAUUUUUAGUUCAUCAUCUGAAUCUGAAGAAAAUAAAAAAGGAAAAAUAAGAUAUCCCAUUUCAAGUUCAUCAUCUGAAUCUGAAGAAAAUAAAAAAAGAAAAAUAAGAUAUCCCUUUUCAAGUUCAUCAUCUGAAUCAGAUGAAAAUAAAAAAAGAAAAAUAAGAUAUCCCUUUUCAAGUUCAUCAUCUGAAUCAGAAGAAAAUAAAAGAAAAAGAAUAAGAUAUCCCUUUUUAAGUUCAUCAUCUGAAUCUGAAGAAAAUAAAGGGAAAAAAAUAAAAUUUCCCUUUUCAAGUUCAUCAUCUGAAUCUGAAGAAAAUAAAAGGAAAAAAAUAAGAUUUCCCUUUUCAAGUUCAUCAUCUGAAUCUGAAGAAAAUAAAAGGAAAAAAAUAAGAUAUCCCUUUCCAAGUUCAUCAUCUGAAUCUGAAGAAAAUAAAGGGAAAAAAAUAAAAUUUCCCCUUUCAAGUUCAUCAUCUGAAUCAGAAGAAAAUAAAAAAGGAAAAAUAAAAUAUCCCUUUUCAAGUUCAUCAUCUGAAUCAGAAGAAAAUAAAAAAAGAAAAAUAAAAUAUCCCCUCUCAAGUUCAUCAUCUGAAUCUGAAGAAAAUAAAAGGAAAAAAAUAAAAUUUCCCUUCUCAAGUUCAUCAUCUGAAUCUGAAGAAAAUAAAAGAAAAAGAAUAAGAUACCCCUUUCCAAGUUCAUCAUCUGAAUCUGAAGAAAAUAAAAAGAAAAAAAUAAGAUAUCCCUUUCCAAGUUCAUCAUCUGAAUCGGAAGAAAAUAAAAAGAAAAAAAUAAAAUUUCCCCUUUCAAGUUCAUCAUCUGAAUCAGAAGAAAAUAAAAAAGGAAAAAAAAUAUAUCCUAUUUCAAGUUCAUCAUCUGAAUCAGAAGAAAAAAAAAGAGGAAAAAAAAAGUUUCCCAAUUUAAGUUCAUCAUCUGAAUCUGAAGAUAAAAAUAAGUAUCCUAUUUCCAGUUCAUCAUUUGAAUCACAAGAAGAAGAGGGAAGCAAUUCCAAUCAAAAUUUAUCAUCAGAACCACAAGAAGAAGAGAAAAAUAAUUCCAAUCAAAGUUUAUCAUCUGAAUCAGAAGAAGAGAAAAAUAAUUCAAAUCCAAGUUUAUUAUCUGAAUCACAAGAAGAAGAGGAAAAUAAUUCCAAUCGAAGUUCAUUAUCUGAAUCACAAGAAGAAGAUAAAAGAAAACAUCCAAAUCUAAGUUCAUCACUUGAAUCACAAGAAGAAAAUGAAAGUAAUUCCAAUAAAAGUUCAUCAUCUGAAUCAGAAGAAGAAGAGAAAAGUAAUUCCAAUCAAAAUUCAUCAUCAGAAUCACAACAAGAAGAAAAUAUUUUCAAUCAAAGUUCAUCAUCUGAAUCAGAAGAAGAAGAGGAAAAUAAUUCCAAUCCAAGUUCAUUACCUGAAACACAAGAAGAAGAGGAUAGUAAUUCCAAUCAAAGUUUACCACCUGAGUCAGAAGAAAAUGAAGAAAAUAAUUCUAAACUAAGUUUAUCAUCUGAAUCAGAAGAAAAAAAGGACUCUAAAUCAAGUUCUUCAAUUGAAUCAGAAGAAAAAAUUAACCAAAUUAAGAAACAUAGAAGACAUGAAAAACACAACCAUAAAGAUCAUUUACUUAAAAAAUUAUUUGAAAGAUUUUAUAAAAUUAUUUCUGAUUCUGUUUUUAAAAAAGAAAUACACAAUAUUAACAAAUUUUUGAAAACGUUAUUAAAGGUUACACCAACAACCGCUCCGACAACGGCAACGAAAAGUACUCCAACUUCAACAAACAACUUCAUUCGUAAAAAUGGACUCCUUGCGCACAUAUUUGGAUCUUUUUUUAGAUAA